UGACUUUAAUACUAGUGAUUUGAUACGAAAUAGUAUCAAAAGAUUAGUUAAUAUUUCCUUAUUUGUAAAAGGGCACAUGCUCUGACAUUUAAAAUUUUGCGUUGUACACAGAUUGAAUGUCCAAAUGAAAGUGUUUUAUAUGUUAAAUAUAUAAACAUGUUACCUUUUGACCAGGUAUCAUAGUAACAUAUAAAUCUGACAUAAAACCAAGUGAAAUUUCCCGUUAACACGUAGUUGGAAAUUGAUGCUCCAUUUCAACAGGGAAGACGAUAUUACUUCCGUGUUUUGAGAAUAGAUAAAGCCAACACGUGAAGGGACUUUUAUUUUUCUCCGUUUUGGGAAUAGGUAGAAACAACACGUAAAAGUAUAUUUCUCCUUAAACGAAUAAUAUAGUGGAGUAUUUUCAGUUUCAUAACGUUGACUGUGGACAGGUCUCAGGGACAGGUAAAUCAAUGCAGACAUGGAGUUUUCAGAUGUUGGCAUUUUUUGUGUAUUCUCCGAUGGAAAAGACUGGGCAAAUUUCUUGCAAGUGAAACUCGCUGCAAUUGGAAUUUCUUCCAGUUUAGAAGGUUUAGAAAAUGAUCACACACAAUCAGUGUAUGCAGUUAAUGUUGUACUGGCAACACCGGCCAUUCUAGAUAUAUUAGAAACGGACAGGAUUACAGCGAUUAAGGCUGAUGAUUCCGUAAUGGUAUUACUAGGAGUUGACCAGGAUGAGCUUAAACUUUCAUUUGCUAAACAUAACUACAAAACAAUAAGUAAAUGGAAAUACUUUGAGACCAAACAGACUGAGAAAUCCGUAUCCGAACUUGUAACAUGUAUUCAGUUAAAGUUGGAAGCAAAAAGGCAGGCAUCAAGUGUCCCUGAUUAUGAUAUUUUACCACCACCACGUCCGUCACAAGCAAAACUACGCCACGCAGAACCAUCAGAAUUUGUGUCAUCACCAAAACUUCAAGUUGCCAUGACAGAUAAUUUCGACAAGGUUGCGGAGGUAUUCAUACUAAGCAAUAGAAAAGGUUCUAAUGAGAUAGAGAUUGUCUUAAACAAUUCACGCGAUCUAGUCAAUACAAAGGCAGUGUUCGAUGACAAAGCCUUAUACCAGAUACAAAUACCAGAAAACGCAGAAUUUGAAGAAGACUGCCAAUUUGUUGCUAUAGAUAAUGAUGAAACAAUUGGAACAGGCAGCAUUCCAAAAUUAGUGGAAGUAACUGACAAUGUUUCUUAUUCUAAGCGUAUACCAACCAAAUCAGACAUUAUUAGAGAGACGUUAGGUUUUGAAAAUGAUCCGGUUCCAUUAGUUUGCCAGAUGCUAGGUUUGUCUCAUACGGAAGAAACAGAUACACAUAGUGAACUCUUAGAUAAACACAUUGCCAGUCAGUAUAAACAGAUAAAGGACAAUGAGGAUUCAAAUUGGAGACCGCUGAUCAAUGAAGAUUGUAAUUUUAGCCAUUGUCCUACGCUUCUACAUUUCGCAGCGGAGUACAACUUGAAAACAUUGGGCUCAGAACUUCUGAAGCUCCCAGAAAGUUUGGAUGCCUGCUUUGCUAUGAACAUGGACAAAAAGACCCCACAGGCAAUAGCCCAGAACAAAGAAUUUCCGGAAUUCGCUCAAAUGAUUAGAAGUUUCAUGAAAGUAGAAACAUUGAAAGGAAAUAUACAGAGGAAUAAAGAUAGCGGUAUUGUCGAUGAUAAGAAACUUCCAACUAUACCAGAAUUCCAAGAAGAAAUUGAAAACAGCGGAAAAGAAAAGAAACCAUCUUCUGGGGAAAAACCUAGCCUUUGGUCAAGAUUGAAAAUACCAACAAUUAUGAAAACGAAGAAGAAGUCUUCCAAAUCUGAGGGUAGAAUGCAUAGUACCUGUUCGGCACAAGACUUACAUAUGCAAUACAGUACAACCAAUCCUAGUGAAGGAGGUAGCCAUGAAGCUGAUGAUAAUGAGGAUGAUUCUACAAACGAACCAAUCUCAAAUUCAUCAGAACAUCAUUUGAUACAUAGUAAAUCUUGGUCUGGACCUGGUAUGACAAAGAUGUGACAUUUAUUGUGUGCUUUGACGCCUUAUGACAUUGUUGUGCAGCUAUAUACGGAACAUGUGCAUUAUUGUUUAUCAAUUAGGUAUUCGAAAUUUACAACAACCCUGAAAAAGUAAAUAAAAGCUAUAUAUAUAAGCAAUAUAAUUAAACUGCAGAUAUGAGUGUCACUCUCUGAUACUCACCGGUAUAUCCUUAUUGUUAAAAGAAAUUUUGUAGAGUGUAUAAAAAUAUUGUGACAAAAACUACAUUUUAAAUGGGCAUUACGACUGACAAUUUUAAGUAGAAAAAUAUUUUCUGCAUAAAGUAUUUUGAAAUGCAAAUGAACAAAGUUGUCUUUGUUUGAUAUUGCUUACUGAUUUUUCCUUUUUAAGUCAAAAUAUUGUAAUUGAAUGAUUUUCUUUAUUAUAACAAGGAAAUAUUUCACUGGAUUUUAUGGAUUCAAAAUUCAAAAUUAUAUAUUGGCACAUUUACCAGUUACGGGUAAUAUGGCAGCUGUUUUCCAUUCGUUCCGUUGUCAGUUUUAUGGAUUUUUCCACUUUACUUUUUGAAUUUACCCUGGAGAUCGGUAUUUUUUGCUAAUACAUUUUUACUACAUAUUUUCAUUUAUCAAAUAUUUUUACAACUUGACGCAUGUUUUACUUCAUUCUUACAUUUUUUCAUCCCACAUAGCCGCAUUGAAAAAUAUACGGAGAAGUCUACUCAUUUAUCACGUGGGUGUUUUUGUGUUUAAAUACAAGUGUACUUGCCCUUGAAUAAAUUGUUUCUUAUUUAUGAAUGAAUGUAAAAUGUCUCGUGAUUUAACGAUAGCUUCAGUAAACAUGAUAUUAGUGUGUUAGAAUGGUAUUAUUUUACGCUAUUUAAGUUAAACGGAUGCCAAGAUGUAUUCAAUUUAAAUUGCGUACUUGUUAUCUGUUCAAGUAUCAGUUUGUUAAUAAAACAUAUACUCAGAUGAAUAUGAAUAUGACAAAGUAGUUUAGAUGCGCAUUGAAUAAAUUUAGAGGUGGUGGAGCGAAAUUGUGACAGGAAGAUAUGAAGACGUGAAUGUAUAUGAAAGUAUAUGUAUGCACAGUAUGUUACGAAAAAAUUAAACACUAAAAUCAUGUCAUAAUGAUGAUUAGUUAUAUACCAAUUUACGAGAUACAUGUACUAUUGUCCAAAUUUUAAUAGUUGGACUGAUUCUGAGAAAAAUUAUAAAGUAAGUUUCUCAUAAAUCUAAAGAGUGGUUCUUACAAUGUCUGUAAUUUGUAUAUUGUUUUGUGAUGCAUACAAUUUAGUGAUUCUGACAAAUGACAAAUGACAAAUGUAUGUUUUUUUGUUAUGUUCAAAUGUGUUAUUUGAAUUAUGGUUUGAAGGAAGUGAAUAAUGAAAAUUUAUCUUUU